AUGGAUGCAUGGGAAGACCUUGUUUAUGAUGAUGAUGUCCUUGAAUCGUUUUUGAAAAAAUGCGAUGCUUCCGCAACGCUUAUUCCUGGUCCUGCAGGUAACAUCCAAGCAGCUUUCAUGAAUAGAACGGGAACAGAACAACCGAAAUCCACACAAGAAUUUGCUCGUGAUGUUGCUGACGCAACCUAUGAACGAGAUUUCAACUCCAAUGCUUGGAAAUGGGCACAGAUGUUUAUUGAACACCACGGUCUCGUAAAGGAUGGAAAAUUCGAGAACGUUAACUCCCUCCAAGAGGCAAAAUCAGCUGAGGUCCUUCCAUUGGUGGUUUGCAUAUUGAAAGAGUGCAAGCCCAAUGGGUUGGGAGAUAUGCAGUUGACUCUUAAGGACCCAACUGCCACGAUGAAGGCUUCGUUGCAUAAGAAAGCUCUUGAAGAUCCUGAAAUUGCAGAAAAUAUCGCAGUUGGUUCCGUUAUCAUACUCAAUCUUGUCCACCCCUUCACUGCAUUUAGGCAAAACCACUACCUCAAUAUUACGCAUCGCUCUAUAGUGAAGGUAUUUCCAGCUGAAGUUUCUCCUCCUACAAUUGACCUUGUUAAGGAGACACCAAAACCUGUCAUUCGACUUCCUAUGUGGGCAGAGAAGGAACUCAAUGUGGAUGACACAUCCAGAAGUUGA